AUGGAUAUGGUACAAAGAAACGCGGACGAUCUGGCGACUGCGCCCAUCAACCCGCCGCUUCCCCAGGCGGCUGGCUAUGUGGUGGUGAUUGUGAUUGGCUUUCUGAUUGCGCUUGUCAUGAUUGCCACGACGAGAUUGCUGCGCCGAACUCUCGGCGAAGACAACACAAAGACGGAAAUGUUCAUGACGGCCAACCGCAGCGUUGGGACAGGUCUAACAGCCUCAGCCGUCAUCUCGUCUUGGCUUUGGAGUACGGCUGUCUUGGGCAGUGCUUUUGUAGGCUACAAUUUUGGUGUUGCUGGUCCUUUCUGGUUUGCUGCUGGAUGCUCGCCCAUGAUUGUCUUCUUCUCAGUCCUCGGCAUCGCCUGCAAGCUUCGCGUCCCCGAGGCGCAUACGCUGCUUGAGAUUGUUCGCAUUCGCUACGGAAAGGUCGGUCAUGUAGUAUGGAUUGUUCUCUGCUUGAUCAACAACAUCAUUGCUAUUGCCAACAUGCUGCUCGGUGCGAGUGCCACCAUCUCCGCGCUAACUGGAAUGCACAUCAUUGCGGCAACUUUUCUUCUUCCCGUCGGUGUCGUCUUGUACACGUUUGUGGGCGGCAUCAAGGCAACUUUCUUGACCGACUACUUCCACACCUUUGUCAUCACCAUUGUCGUCUGCUUCUUCACAAUAAAGGCCUUUACCGUACCCGAAAUUGGAUCUAUUGGCGGUCUCUACGACAUCAUGGUCAAGUUGGCCGCUACACAGCCUGUUGAGGGAAACGCUGGAGGCUCAUACCUCACCAUGACAAGCAAGAAUGCUAUCCUCUUUGGAAUCAUCCAUACUCUCUCCAACUUUGGUCUUGUCAUCAUGGACACCGGUUUCUUCGUCAAGGCCUUCUCCGCAACGCCGCACGCCGUCGUCCCGGGAUACAUUGUCGGUGGAAUCGCAUAUUUCGCCAUCCCCUGGGCGUUCGGGACAAUUAUGAGCUUUUCUGCUCUCAGUCUUGAGCACACGUCCAAAUUCAUCACGUUCCCUCGCCGUCUCACGCCUACAGAGGUAUCCAAUGGCUUGGUCCUGCCGUAUGCCGCUGUCGCCAUUGCUGGUAAAGGCGGUGCCAUUGCCAUCCUGCUCAUCGUCUUCAUGGCUGUCACAUCGACGAUUUCGGCGCAGGUUAUUUCCGUCUCCUCCAUUGUCAGUUUCGACAUCUAUCGCCAGUACAUCAAUCCCAACGCGACUGACAAGGACGUUAUUCGAUGGAGCCAUAUCGGCGUGGUUGGUUUCGGCAUCUUUGCGGCAGCCUUUUCUACUGCUCUACACUACGGAAACGUCGACCUUGGAUGGACGCUCUACAUGUUGGGCGUCUUGACGUGCCCUGGCAUCCUCCCGACAGUAUUUACUAUUCUCUGGAAGCGUCAAUCCAAGGUGGCUGCCAUCGUCAGCCCGCUACUUGGUAUGGCAACUGGCAUCAGCGUUUGGCUAGGCACUGCCCACGCGUUGUACGGUGAAGUCAGCGUGACCACUACAGGACAAACUCUUCCUUGUGUGUACGGUACUGUAGCCUCGGCCUUUAGCCCGGGUGUAUUCUCUAUUGUCAUCUCCCUGAUCAAGCCCGCCAACUACGACUGGCGAGACUUCCGCAAGGAGAAGCUCACGUUUGGAACUACUAGCGACAGCAGCUCGGAUGACGACGUACAAGCAAAGUCCCACGAAGAAAACAUCAAUCGAUAUGUUAUCGACAAGGGUCAGUUGAAGAGAUUGCUCACCAUCUCUGGAGCGUGGGCGGCUGCCACAUUCCUCGGACAUUGGGUUCUUUGGCCGCUACCUAUGUACGCAUCGAAUUACAUUUUUGGUAAGGGUUUCUUUGUCGCCUGGGUGGUUGUGGCGAUUAUCUGGGUCUGGGGCACUAUGUUGGUUGCUGGCUUCUAUCCCAUCGUUGAUGGCCGAAAACAAAUUCUGCGCAUAUUUGCUAAUAUCCCAAAGAGUGUACGAUAG